GCGUGUGCUCGCAGCAAGCGUCGGUCGUUUAUAUCUCGCCCGGCACGCCAUCAGAUCGCGUAUUACUGUCGAAGUCUUCGCUGGUUGAGGAUCGUCGUCGCAGCAAUCGUGUUGUCUCAUUGCAUUUGUCAGUGCUUACUUAGUGUAUCCCGUUUUGUGUGUGAAUCUCCAACUCAACGCUCAUCGCCAUGGAUUUCUACUACCUACCCGGAUCUGCCCCGUGCCGUGCCGUGCAGAUGACGGCCGCUGCCGUUGGCGUCGAGCUGAACCUGAAGCUGACGAACCUGAUGGCCGGUGAGCACAUGAAGCCGGAAUUUUUGAAGAUUAACCCCCAACACUGCAUUCCGACGCUCGUCGACAAUGGAUUCGCGCUGUGGGAGUCGCGCGCCAUCUGUACGUAUCUGGCCGAGAAGUACGGCAAGGACGAUAAGCUGUACCCGAGGGAUGCUCAGAAGCGGGCCGUCGUUAACCAGCGACUGUACUUCGACAUGGGCACGCUGUACCAGCGCUUUGCCGACUACUACUAUCCGCAAAUCUUCGCCAAGCAGCCAGCAAAUGCAGAAAACGAGCAGAAGAUGAAGGAUGCGGUAGGCUUUCUGAACACCUUCCUGGAUGGGCAGAAGUAUGUGGCGGGUGAUAGCCUUACGGUCGCGGAUCUUACCAUCUUGGCGACAAUUUCGACGUACGACGUUGCCGGGUUCGAUCUUUCGAAGUAUCCGCACGUCGCCGCAUGGUACGAGAACAUUCGCAAGGAAGCACCCGGUGCCGCGAUUAAUCAGGCCGGAAUUGAGGAGUUCAAGAAGUACUUUGAAAAGUAAACGCCACCUCUAAGCGAUGUCCAUCGAGUGGAUGUAUAGCCGUGUUUUGUUUAACGUUCUAUUAACAAUAAACCAAGUCCAAAUGUGUUGAUUUAUCUACCCUGUUUAA